AUGGCUGUUGAAAUAGAUGACUUCUUUGACGAGCCGGCCAACGCGAAACUUGAGAAUUCAACCGCUAAAGAUGUCCGUUUGGGGAGGCUUGCCUUGCCUAACCCCAUAAUCGAUGAUCUCAGAGCUCAAAAUCUCCCUCAGGGUGUUCUGAUUCCUCUCAAAACGGACCAGGAAGUCUAUCAGGAUCAUUACAUUUCCCAUGCGUACAUCACUCGAGUCCCGACCAAGUCUGCCAAUAACUUUGUCACACUCCUGCGCGACUUGAGCAAUGCCGGUAACGCUAAUACCUUACCGCAUCUGCGAAGAUGUGCAAAGCCAGCGGACCUCCCGGCUCAUCUGAAGACACAGCUGAUGAAUGACACACCGACUGGUCGGCAAAUCCACACUUCGAAAUCGACCUGGAUUUACGUCGUGGUAGGAGAGUCCAAAGACUUUUCCCGCGAUGAGCUCCUUGCGCUGCUUUCUGAAGUAGAAGGAGUCGAGAAGGAGCCAUUCUUGAGCAUUAUCCCUGUCCCAAUGAUGGCACCGACGUCUCAAAUCCAGGCCGCUAUGUGGAGUGCACAGUUCUGGCCAACAGUCUAUCGCAAGAACAACCCGCUGGGCCCUCAUCCGGGCAUGUUCGCCCGUGGCACAGAAGACAUUAAGAAUGACGCACCGAUUUGGAUCGCACUGGCACAUCGUGUAGCUCUUCAGGCCAAGGAAGCGGGUAUUGGAGAAGCUAUGGGGGCUGUGAUUGUUCAAAGAAAUGAAAAGGGCGCAGAGCUUGUUGGGCUUGCCGGAGACGCGAGACAUUAUCAACAAAAUGGAUUCGGUUUCGACAACAACCCAAUGUCGCACUGUGUCCUGCGUGCUAUGAGCAUGGUGGCUCAGAAACUUGUCCGGUACGAGCGAGCGGUUGCUGAACAGCCAAUGGAGCGCCCCAUCUUGGAAUUCGACGCCUUCCAGGACACACCUAUGCUUGAGCUGGAAAAGGAGUGCUUCGAACAAGAGCACCCGAACAAAGAUGGGUACUUGUGUCACGGACUGGAGCUCUAUUCCACCCAUGAGCCAUGCGUUGCGUGCUCCAUGGCUGUCCUGCACUCUCGCAUGGGUAAGGCAGUGUUCUGUUGCCAUAUGCCUCGGACGGGCGGCCUGAGCGCAGAUGAUCGUCCUGAUGGAGGUGGACGAGGAUUGGGUCUUUUCUGGAGACGCGAGCUCAACUGGAGCUUGCUGGCAUGGGAGUGGGAAGGUGAUGGUUACUGUUGGCGACGACGACAAAAGGGAGAGCUGCAAGAUACAGAAGAGGGGUUAGACAAUCCUCUAAUCGCUGAAGGGACUCGUUUGCGCGAAUCACGCGGCCGGUGGGCGGCUGCUCUGCCUUGCUGCUGCUCCAAGGGCACAACCAAGAAACCCCCCAAACGCAAAAACCCCCCCUUUCGCUUCGUUGCCUCUCGCCUCUCUCGCCGACUGUCCGAGCGCAGACCGUCCGCGCCAGCUCCAGCGCCAGCUCCAGUUCUUAAGCCCCGGCCGGCCCCCUCGACGUUGGCGAAGCGCCAUGCCAUUGAUGUGAAGCGUAUGCGACCUCGCCCUCAGCCUUGUGCGAACAGCAUCGCCAACGGCAUCGCCAGCGCUUUCGCCGUGGUCAGGCCGCCAUCGCAAUUGACUGCAGCGCCGACCCUGGCGCGACAAUAUUAUGAGCUGAGCCCCAACUCGCCUGUUUCUGCUUCCGCGUUUCCUGGCCCUUUUGGUGGUGUAUCCGAUACCACCACCACCACCACCACACCCGACGCUAUGCCCAGCAACAAAAACAAGCGGUCGGCCCCAAGCAGCGCUGCGACGCCAAGCGCCUCCAAGAAGAAAAAGAUGGAAAAUGUUCAGAAAUAUUACGCCGUGCAAGCGGGCUUCGUCCCUGGGGUGUACUUGACGUACGCCGAGUGCCAGGCUCAGACGGCCGGGUUCAAGGGCGCUAUUUUCAAAUCCUUUCUUUCAAGAGAAGACGCCGACGCCUUUGCUGCUGGGAAGAAAGUCGCAGUGGCAGAUGAGCCCGAUAAAUUCUACGCGGUUGCUGUUGGCAAACCGACGGGCAUCUUCACAGACUGGUCCGAAGCUCAGAAGGCCACCACGGGCGUCAAGGGCCCCAAGUACAAACGCUUUCCUACUCGAGCAGAAGCCGUGGCAUACAUCCGACAAUUCGGCAAUAGGGAGGCAAUAGAGGCAUUGGGAGAGAAGGUGGAGCCAGUGGAGAAGGUGGAGGUUGAAGAAAAGCUUUUCACAAUCCAAAAGUUCACUCCUAUCCUCAAGGACAGUGAGGCCGAUACGAAACCGCGAGAGGAUGUUCUCGACAUAUAUACAGAUGGGAGCAGCCUGGCCAACGGCCGAGAGGGUGCGCGUGCCGGACUGGGCGUUUAUUUUGGAGAGAACGAUCCUCGCAAUCUGGCUGAAAAACUGCUUGGCGAGAAGCAGACUAACCAAGCCGCAGAGCUCAUGGCUAUGCUGCGAGCUUUGGAAUCUGUGCCGGCUGCCCAGACGGUUCGCAUCAACAGCGAUAGCCAGUAUUCCAUCAAAUGCGUGACUGAGUGGCCCAUUGGCUGGAGUAAAAAGAAUUGGAAAACAGCCAGCAAUGAGGAUGUUAAGAAUUCUGACAUCAUACGGCCUAUCCUUAAAAAGAUAGAUGAACGAACCAAGGCUGGGGGCAAUACCUACUUCCAGUGGGUAAAAGGUCAUGCCGCGAAUCCUGGCAACAUUGCCGCAGAUCGGCUGGCCGUCAUGGGCGCUAACCUUCCACGAUGA